AUGUUCCCUGAAUUCCCCCAGGAGCUUGUCGACGAGGUCAUCGACCACCUCUGGGACGAUGUCACAGCGUUGCGGGCGUGCAGCCUCUCAUGCAGCACAUGGUUGCCCACUAGCCGAACCCACCUCUUCCGCCAGGUCGACCUGAGAGACGCCGCAGCGUGCGCCCGUUUCACAAAAUUGCUGGAGGCAUCUCCAGUGCUCGUGCAGUACAUCCGCAAGCUGAGUAUUGAUGCACACCAUUUCUCCUAUGACCUGAGCUCGCUGCGCAAUGGCGACUCCACUUGGUUGCCUCUGGUCCCGCCACUUCUGGGCGCACUUCCGCGAGUGACAGAACUGGAGAUGACGAGUCUCAACUGGCGCACCCUGCAACUCGACCCUAAACACACCGAACUGUUCUACAGCAUGCUCGGUAAUGUCAAAAGGCUUGCACUUGUUAACGUGCACUUCGAAUCGUCUUCGGACGUUCUCAACAUACUGUCCGCCGCAAAGCUUGUCACAGAACUCCACCUCGACCGCAUUUACUGGAACUGCUGGUCGUGGCCAAUGCCCGACGUCCUCUCAGAGACAGAAGAGAUGACACAUUGCGGAUAUCUGCAGCGUAUUGUCCUUCGGUCGGGCUCACCACCAAACGCUAUCACGGACUGGCUUCUCGCCACGGGCUCUAUGCUCGACUUGCGAGAGGUCCAGGUUCAUUGGCGCGAGCGGGACAGCACCAAGGCUCUGGGUGCCUUGGUUCGUGCAUCGGGGCCGCGCCUUGAGCGGCUGUAUCUCGAGCUGACGAACGGCGUUGCGACGCAAGCCGCCGCAAACGGUGAUCUCGACCUCGCGCACUUGACGGGUCUUCGCGCCGUCUACUUCGAUGGGCUCGUCCUGCCGGACUGUUGUGAAUGGAUUACCUCCAUGACAGCACAACUGCAUUCGGAUCGGCUGGAGAUGAUUGAGGUGUCGCUCCUUGCACGGUGGCAGGAUGACUUACGUGCAAUCGACUGGGUGCAGCUGGACAAGACGCUCGCCCAUGAACGUUUCGCUUGCGUGACAUUGAUUUUCAAAGUCAACCUAGCGAUUUACAACGCAAACAACCAGGACGAUGCAGGGGACAUCGUACGGAGUGCGCUGCCUGGUUUCCGGGGAACAUUAGUCGUCAAAUAUACCUGA